CCUUUUGCUGACGCUACGAAUUACAAAAUCACCCAAUAAACCUUUCAAGAAAACAAUCCAACCAUGGCUUCUGCUACCAUGCUUUCUUCAACAAACCUUAAACUCUAUUCCAACUUCAUUUGCUUCUCCCCUUCCAAACCCACAUUUCCCAACACCAUUCUCCCCUUCACAACUCAUUUCAGGAGAAACCCAUUAAAACUCAACGCAUCUUUCAAUGAAAUCUCCGAUGAUUUAUUAGAAACCACACUUCAUUUAGACCAGUUCCCGAUUUUCAAAUCCGGGUAUGCUGAAUUUCAGAGAGCUACCGAGGAUCUACCUGAGAAUGAAAAAUGGGGUGUUUUGGUUUUCGCUGGCUUGGUUUGGAUUUACUUAACUGCUAGGCCUGGUGUUCUGUUUGGCGCCAUCGAUACAUAUCUUCUAGCUCCUGCACAGAAGGUGUUUGAUAGUUUGUCUGGCAGAAGGAACUUGAAGCGUUCCGAUUUCUUGAUCGGAGAUAAAUUGGGAGAAGGGUCAUUUGGCGUUGUUUAUUCCGGCGUCGUGGUUCCUAAAAAUUUCACCAUAGAAGAAAGGGUCAGGAGCAUUGGGAGUAAGAGGAGGCAGCUCGAAAAGGAUGAAAGGUUUAAAGAAAAAGUCAUCCUAAAACAGGUAAAAAUCGGAGUCGCAGGUGCUAUAGAAUGUGGCGAAUUUGAAGAAUGGUUUAACUACAGAUUAUCACGAGCAGCUCCGGAGACAUGCGCAGAGUUUCUCGGGAGCUUCAUUUCCGACAAAACUUCUUCACAAUUCACAAAGGGAGAGAAAUGGCUCGUAUGGAAAUUUGAGGGAGAUCGAGACCUUGCUGAUUACAUGAAAGAUCGAAUUUUCCCUCUAAAUCUGGAAUCGCUCAUGUUUGGUCGCGUUUUACAAGGACUUGAAUCCAUAGAACGAAACGCAUUGAUAAUCAAACAGAUAAUGAGGCAGAUAAUUUCAUCAUUGAAGAAAAUACACGACACUGGGAUUGUUCAUCGCGAUGUAAAACCAGCGAAUUUAGUCGUAACCAAAAAGGGACAAAUCAAACUUAUAGAUUUUGGCGCAGCAACAGAUUUAAGAAUCGGGAAAAACUAUGUACCCAAUCGAGGUCUUCUAGAUCCAGAUUAUUGCCCACCAGAACUCUACGUUUUACCAGAAGAAACACCAUCGCCACCUCCAGAACCAGUCGCAGCUCUUCUUUCCCCAAUUCUAUGGCAGCUAAACAGUCCGGAUUUGUUUGAUAUGUACUCUGCGGGGAUUGUGUUGAUGCAAAUGGCGAUACCAAGUUUGAGGUCUAGUGCAGGAUUGAAGAACUUUAACCUUGAAUUGAAAGUUGUGAAUUAUGAUUUGAAAUUGUGGAGGGAAAAGACACGAACUAGACCUGAUAUAAGUGUUCUUGAUCUCGAUUCUGGAAGAGGGUGGGAUUUGGUUACGAAGCUUAUCUCUGAAAGAGGGUCAUUGCGUAGAGGUCGUUUAUCAGCUUCUGAUGCACUCAGGCAUCCCUAUUUCUUGUUGGGUGGUGAUCAAGCUGCUUCUGUGCUUUCCAAGCUCAGUUUAUCAAAGUAGAAAACUCAAAUUGGUUCCUUGGUUUUCAAUCCAAAAAGAGAUAGAUAUUCUUCUCUUACACUUUGAUUUUCUGGUAAAUUUCUUCGCUUGUGUAAAGCUUUCAUGAGUAUAAUUCAUAGUAAGAAGCAAGAUGAAUGAAUCUGUAGGCUUCUUUCACUAUUUUAUGAUACAACCAUAUAUAAGUCAAAAGUUAAAACACUCCCAAAAAAUUCAUUAUCAAAUUAAUGAAAUGAAAUAAUACUUAUAAGAGAU